AACAGCAUUCACUCAAUCGGUGACACAAACCACACAAACGUUGCGUUCAUUUGUCUGGUAAUCGCUAAUCGUGCGGAUCUGCUGUCGACAAUGUCUGCCACCACUAUCACCAACCCAUCAACACUGCUCCCAUUAGAGUUGGUCGACAAGUGCAUCGGUUCUCGCAUUCAUAUAAUUAUGCGAAACGAUAAGGAAAUCGUUGGCACUCUUCUGGGGUUCGACGACUUCGUCAAUAUGGUCUUAGAAGAUGUGACCGAAUACGAGAGUACACCCGAAGGACGUCGAGUCACCAAAUUGGACCAAAUCUUAUUGAAUGGAAACAACAUAACUAUGAUGGUUCCCGGAGGAGAGAUGCCCGACAACUAACAACUCACUCAUGCCUUCCAUCAUCACUACUAUUAUUCAUGUUUUGCAGUAAAUUUCAAUUUAGUUAACAAUCAUU